AUGCUUGCCAAAUCUACGCUCGUUUUAGCGGUCCUUGCCGGAGCUGUUAUGGCUGAAUAUGCCAUUCCAGUUGGGAACCUAAUCCCUCGCUCUAACCGUCUUCAGCGUAAACAGGCCGUUGAUAUUGGUUCUUCGGUUUGCCCAGCUGGCCAAUUUCAGUGCGCCGGCAUUACUGGAUGUUGUCCUGAUGGGUUCUAUUGUGGCUCUUUCAAUGGAAGGAAUGGCUGCUGCCCCAAUGGCGACAAUUGCAAUGCUAUAGCACCAGCCCCACCAGCGCAGACCAGUGCUGCUACUGCUACUGGAGGAAACGGUUCUCCAAGCAGGACCGGUGACAAUGGAUCUUCUCCUACCAACACUGGCUCCGGCAACGGUUCAGGCCAAAGCGGAAACGGUUCCAGUCCCACUGGAGCUAGUGCUGGUGGAAACGGCGGCUCUGGCACUAAUACUGGCGGUGCAGGCUCUCCUACUGGUACUGGGGCGGGCGGUAACGCCGGCUCUCCUACAACUACUGGUGCCGCAAAUGGUGGAAACACGGGUGCUCCAGCAACUACUGGCCCUGACGGAGCUUCUCGGACUGGGGGUGCUGGAAAUGGUAGCAACUCCGGCUCACCAACUGGUACUGAGACUGCUCGAAACGGAGGUUCUGUAACUGGAACUGGUACCGAGGGUGCGUAUCCAACGACAACUGGAACUGGAAAUGCCAGUGGCGCUUCUGGCACAGCCAUGGCUACUGGAACAGGCACUGGUAUGAAUACAGCUGCUAGAUCGACAGGCACUAGCAUGGACAGUACACUAGUUGUUGUUGUUACUACCGAUGCUGCUUCAACCCGAGCGGUCACCACCAAAGCAGCCACAGGAAGUGAUGGUGAGAUUAUCGUUCCUAUCUCUACCGCUACCGAUGAUGAUACCGAAGAGGCAACUGGUACUACAGGCUUUAGAACCGCCACAGGUACUGGCAAUGGAGAAGGAAGCGCUGGUUCUCACUUGCGACCUGCUACUAUGUCGACAGUACUACUCUUUUCCGGCAUGGUUGGUGGUGCCAUCAUGGUUGGUGGGACUAUCUUCGGCUCUUUACUCUAA